AUGGCGGGCGCUCUCCGGCCACUGCUGCUGCCGCUGCUGCUGCUCCCGCUGCUGCUGCUCCCGCCCUUGCGCGGGUCGGAGAUCUCAUCUCACAAGAGCACCGGGGAGCCCUGUAAGAAACACAGCGAGUGCCAGAGCAUCUGCUGCACCACCAACAGCCUGAAGCCCCAGAAGUUCUGCACCCCCCAGACCAUCUUCCUGCAGUGCCUCCCUUGGCGCAAGUCUCUCUGCGCGCAGCCCGAGGGGCACAACUGCACGGACCGCACGGAGUGCCAGAGCGACUGCUGCGUCAGGAGCAGCCACAGCCCACAGAGGCUCUGCACCGUCAAGACCAUCUUCCUGCAGUGCGUGCCCUGGCGCAAGCCCAACGGCAGCCUGUGCCGCAGCCGCGGCGAGUGCCGGAGCCAGUGCUGCAUCCAGUUGGCCGAGGACAGCCCCAGCCGCUGCGUCCCCCGGAGCGGGAUCCUGGCCCAGUGCCUGCCCCUGUGACGUGCACUUGGAUCCAGGGAGACGACCCGGCCAGGACCAUGGCAGCGCACGCCUGGGCUGGAUGUCAAGGAAAACUGGUC